AAACGUUAAACCCGCAAACGCUCCUGGUUCGUGACAGGAAGUAGUGGAGUGAGCAUUGCGCCCGCGCUCGGCUUUCGAUCGGGCGAUUUGCGCCACACUCUGAACUCCGCAGAACUGCGACAUUCGAAAUUGCUGUUUGGGCAAGAUGCAGGCCAGUGAUAGAUUCAACAUCAACAGUCAGCUUGAGCACCUUCAAGCGAAAUAUGUUGGGACGGGUCAUGCUGACUUGAACAGAUUUGAGUGGGCUGUCAAUAUUCAAAGAGACAGUUACGCCUCUUACAUCGGUCACUACCCUCUGCUAUCCUUAUUUGCGAUCGCGGAGAAUGAAUCGAUCGGUCGGGAGCGUUACAACUUCAUGCAGAAAAUGCUCCUACCGUGCGGACUUCCACCUGAACGAGAGGAAGACUGAUGGAUUUCCUCCAUCUUGGUGGCCGCUGACUAGGUGCUGACUAGGUGCAAAGUGAAAUAUGAAUUUUUGCCAAUGAAGAGGUUCUUCUUGGGACAACAGGUUGUGAUCAAUUGAUGUCUUUCAGCUUCUUUAUUGGAGCUCGAAGAUUGAAAGAAGGAAACAAUUGUGGCAUUAAGGCUUUUUUUCACAAUUUUUUGUGUAAAGAGAAGAACCAUCAAUGGCGCAGCUGUGUCUUGCUUGUAUAUAUACUGGGCUACUACGGGAGUCGAGGAAUAGGAAAUGGAGGGAUCAGUGCAGCACAGGUUAUUUUGGCCAGGAUUAGAUAUGGCGCUCAUCAUAUAUGCUUAUCUUCAUCCUGUAAUGAGAAAGUUCCUGUUGAGGAGAUUUUCCGUUUGCGUCAGAUCAACAUGCCUGUGGACAUGCCCACCAAAUCUGAAGGAAGAAGACGAAUGAACUUUCGUUUCCGUGAUGAGAGUGUUGGUGCUCCAGUUUUUUCAUGGGACUCGCCACGUUAAUCCUUUGUAAGAGCUUUUAUAGUUUCUGUAUUUCACGCGUCAUAUGCAAAAGCGUAUCAUGAAAUCAGGUUCCAAUGCAAUCAAGAAUAUGAAGUAUGAAAGGAGCACAAUACUUACUAGUUUGCACUUGAGAACUUCAAAUUCUAUACAGUUUAUCAAACUAUGGGGAAACCUCCAAACUGUUUUGUGAAUCAAGAUCGAAGUUUCUUUUCAAGCUAUCAAGAAUGC